GUACAUCCGCAUUUGAUGAGACCGCAUACGUCGUAGUAUACUCCGUUUCCUGAGCACUUCUGAACGGGCUCCGCGCGACAAAGGCAGGACACGCAAAUGGCAGAAGGAGAUAAACUGGUAUAGACUCUUGUAAUAGACUUUAGAAAGGAAUCUACAUUUGAGAUAUUCGGGUGUAGGACCAUCUGCUGCAGCGGGCUUGCGCUUCGCAGAGCAGCAUUGCAGUAAGACGUAAAAGCUUAGUAGUUCACUAGCUGCCUUGUUGCGUAGCUAUAGCCGUGCGCUCAUCUUUUUGGCCGGGCCUCCGUCGCGCUCGGAGGCUCGGCCGCUGGCGUUGAUCGCCUGAACAUGCCACAGCUACUCUCGUCGUUCGGAAAGGCCAUAGGGAGCCUCUUCCGAACUAUUGGAACAGUCAACCCUCAUGGAAGCAGCAGCGAUGAUGGCACGCACGACUGGCCGCAGCGAGCAGCUUUGUCAUCCUCACAUGCCUCGGCGUCCAGCACUGCUCCAUCCACCGCACGUCCCCGUGCGGCCAACGGCUACUCCUCACCGCCUUGCAACCUUCCCUCCCUCCACACAAGCGGUCCUCAAGGCCAAAUCACCUCCACCGACCCAUCCUCUCCAUCCCUCGCAGCAUUGGCUGCUCCCAUUGCACAUCCACUCAGCCCACGGCACACCUCGACCAACAUCUCCAUAAGCGCUCCUACCACCACAUCCUCCGUCAUGGCUGCAGCAACCACCAACGACUUCUUACCAACCACUGAAACCACGCUCGCCACCAACACCGCAACAUGCUCCACAGCGACCCCCCUCACAUCCACAUCCGCAAGCGCCCCUCCUCCUCCUCCUCCUCUUCCAACGGUUGCUACGGGCAACGGCUGCUCCGACGGCUCCGGGCACCCCUGCGGCAGCGCCUCUCCCAUGGCCUCCUCCUUCUGUCGUACUUCCCGUGUCAGUCUGAGCGAUACCUCCACCAGUGCCGCCGGGGAGGCGCUGCGGCAGGCGUCCAUGACCAACCGCAAGGCGCACUUCACGCGGGAUAACCUGGUGGCGUACAUGCGCUGGGUGCGCGCGUCGCGGGGGGCCAUGAAGCUGGUGGGCAAGAGCUCCUCCCGCAGCCCGCACCCCCAGCUGCUGCUGCGCUGCGAGCACUGGCUGGAGGUGACGGACGAGCAGCACCGCUAUGGCUCCAACCUCCGCGUCUACUUCGACUACUGGGUCGCGGAGAUGGAGGCGGCGGAGCUCACCCCCCCGCCCAGCCCCGCGCUCAUGUCGCCCUCGCCCUCGUACACCGCCCUGGUGGCCCUGGCGGCACAGCAGCAGGGGCAGCAUCAGGGGCAGGCGGGCGGUCAAGGAGGGGAUGCUGGCGCGCCGGCGGUGGCAGCAGCAGAGGAUGCUGUGGCGGAGGUGCAGCCGGUGCUGCAGCAGCAGCGGGGCUCGGGACAGGUGGUGGCGGUGGUGGCGGCGGGAUGUGCUGCCGCUGCUGCUGCGGGUAUGACGGUUGCGCAUGUGGGUACGACGGGUGCGGGGCCGUCGCGGUUCUCCACCGACGCGGCGUCUCGCUCGCCGGUGGCGAGUGGGGCAGCUGCGGCGGUGGCGGUGGCGGCGGCGGCUCCGGCUGCUGAGGAGAGCGCUCCGGGGUCCGAACAGUCGCACGGCCAGCUGCCCUCCUCCCAGCUCCACCACCAACCCCACCACCCUCAUCUCCACCCUCAUCCACAUCACCACACCCACCAGCUGCAGCCCCAACUGCGCAACAAACACACCCACAGCCACCACCAGCAACCACCCCACCACCCACACCACUUCCAGGUGAAGCACCUGCACCACCACUUUCCCCACCACCACCACCACCACCAUCAGCACCAGCACUACACCUCCCAGCAGCCCCACGUUGUCAGCAGCAGCAGCAGCAGCCGCCCCAUUCCGCAGCAGCCCCCCUCGCUGGGAGAAGGCAGCAUUGAGCAGGGAACCUCCCCAUGCGAUGUUGCUUCAGGUCUCGCGCACGCAGCUGCGCAUGACAGCAGCGGCCACCUGGGGGUGACCCACCCUCAACCUCACAGCAACAACCCGCACCGGCAAGACAUGAUCCACAAUUUUCCGCACCUCAACCUGCGGGAGGGCAGCGUGCAGCUGGGCGCAGGCAGCGAGGACGGCAACAGUCACGCUGACGGCAGCGCGGGGCCGGACACGGGGGGCGCGCGGUGUAGCAUGGAUGAAGCCUCGGGGCUGGACCCGCCGCUGUCCCCGCAGUCCCCGCGACCACCCUUUGCGCAGCAGCUGAGACGGCACAGUUGCGGGGAGGCGUCACCGCUGUCAUCCUCGCAGCUGUACCACUCCUCCUGCUGCUCCGCCGCCGCGCCGACCCCCGCUCCUCGCCCACAUUCCGAGACGCUGCCACCAGCUGCUGCCAUGGCUGGUGGUACUGCUGCUGCUGCUGCGGGUUCUGGUGCCACAACGGUUGCCGGGGGGCUUGCCACGCUGCCGGUGCCGGUGCCUGGCGCCGCUGCGGCUUCAGCUGCUGCGGCUGCUGCCGCCCUGGGUUGCAGCAGCCCCCGGCGUGCUUCCAUGGUUUGCAGCCCCUCGAAACGCUUCAUGAUGGCGGCGAUGAUUGACAUGGGGGGCGUGGAGGAGCAGCAGCCGGAGCAGGAGCAGCAGCUGCCGCUGCAGGGGGUGCAGGGAGGGCAGGAGGACACGCACUCGGCCGGAGUGGCAGGGGAGAGGGAGGAGCCGCAGCAGCAGCAACAUGAGCAUGGGCAGGAGCAGGUGGAGUGGGGAGGGUUUAGUUGCGGGGCCGGCAGCUCUGGCGGCGGCGGUGGGGGUGGGGGUGCACAGGGGUUACCACCGGCGACUCCGCCGCCGCUGUGCGGACAACAGCAGCAGCAGCCGCAGCAGUCGGAUGCGGAUGCCGGAGCGGCAAUAGCAGCCAAGGGUUCGGGACGCGGGUCUGGGAGUGGCUCCGCCUUUGGGUUUGGGGAGCCUACUGGAGUGCCUGCCCCGGCGUAUCGAGUUGCCAAGCUGCUGUCUAAUCGGGGCAGUGUUGGCAACGGCAGCAACUUCUUCAGGUGGCUAGACAACGGACCGGGACUGGAAGUGGAUUUGGGUCACCUGGGCGUCCCACGAGCCAAGCUAGACGCGGAGCGGGUCAAGUACCUGACGCCGCUGGAGCUCCUAGAGUACGAACUGGAUGUGGACAUGGAGUCGGGACUGCUGCGGUACAAGCGCAGCGGCAAGCUACUGCACACCGGACCGGACGGCCGUUGCUCGCUGGACGAGCACCGCAGACCGCCCACC